GCUCUGUCGUACUCCCUGCCAUCUUCUCUAUCUUUCUCCUUUCCUUUUUAUUUUAUUGUUGUUGUUUUAUACUCCUUUACCCACCUCUCGCCCUCUCGCCGCCCAGCUGAGUCGUUGCUCUCUUUGGCUUUCCGCUAACAUUUUGUUUGUUGUUAACAUAAAACGCCCUCUCAUCUGUCUCCCUGCGUGCGUGCAGCCGUGAAGCGCCACCGCCUCCCCUUCUCACCGCCCCAGCUCCCGAUUCCCCUCUUCACGAUAGCAGCACAUCUCCUCGUCAAUGUGGUGUUGCCUUGUGAUACUCCUCUCUCCUCUUCUCUCUUCCUUUUGACAUCAAACCCCCUACAGAGAAGAAGAAGAAGAAAUACACGAGCAGAAUGGGCUUCGACAUGAACUGCAUCUACCAGCUGUGCGGGGCAGCCAAGGCCAGCCGCGAUCCAAACGGCCAGGUUAACUGGAUGAAGCUCGGCAUGAACCUGAUCAAGGUGGCGGGCCCGUACGUCGUGUCGUACAUCGGCGAAGUCUCUCGCCCCGACCCGGUCGACAUCAAUCAGGCCUUCGAGGACGCCGACAACACCGACAGCUUCCACCCCUACGAGGCCCCCGCCUACGAACAGGGCGACGUCCGCGCGUUGCUGGUCGGCAUUAACUACUACGGCUCGUCGGCCGAGCUGAGCGGGUGCGUGAACGAUGUCCGCCAGGAGCUGGCGACCUUCCAGAAGAUCAAGUUCCCGGUGGCGGAGAUGGCCAUUUUGGUGGAUGAGAGCGACUUCCCGAACACUACGGCGCAGCCCACGCGGGCGAACAUCGUAAAGUACAUGGCCUGGCUCGUGAAGGGGGCCAAGUCGGGCGAUGUGCUCUUUAUGCAUUACAGCGGUCACGGCUCGCAGACCAAGUCAACUGAUCAGUACGAGGAGUACGACCAGGUCAUCUGUCCCUCGGACUACGCCUCCGCCGGCUGCAUCGUCGACAACGAUAUCUUCAAGAUUCUCGGCGAGAACCUUCCGCAGGGAGUGCGGCUGACCAUCCUCUUCGACUGCUGCCACUCCGGCAGCAUGAUGGACUUACCUUAUAACUUCGUCGGUGGUAGCGGCGUGAACAGCAGCCGCACCUACCACAUGCAGCAGGUUCGCAAGAACAACUUCUGCCCCGGUGAUGUUCUGAUGAUCUCCGGCUGCAUGGACACGCAGACCUCCGCGGAUGUGGGCAACACGGCGGCACUGGGCAACGGCACGACCGGCGCCGGUGGAGCGGCCACGCAGUGCCUGACCUACAUUCUGCUGAACACAAAGGAACUCUCCUACACGGAGACGAUGGUCAAGACGCGCGAGAUGCUCACCAAGAAGAAGUUCGAGCAGGUGCCGCAGCUCAGCGCGUCGAAGCCGAUCAACCUCGACUCGAAGUUUUCGCUGACGCAGCCCUUCAACGUCGAUAGUAACAUGAAACGCACCCUGCCGAUGAACCUGCAGUAG